AUGUCGACUUCUGACAUUCUGUUUUACACAGGACUGUCAGAGGAAGUGUUUCAGAAGAUCCUUCUAUGCCUCGAACAAUCAUUUCGGCCCCUCUCACAAUUGCCAUUGGAGGACCAGUUAGUGCUUGCAUUGAUGCGCCUCAGACUGGGGACUUUGUACCGAGAUCUUGCUUGGCGGUUUUCUAUAUCUCCAUCGUCUGUUUGCAAGAUAUUCAACAGUGUCCUGAAGUCACUGAAUGAAAUUAUGACAUACUCCGUGGUUUGGCUGCCGAAGUCAGGGAUACAAAGCAGCAUGCCAGACUCAUUCAUUCAGAGCGGUUACGAGAACACCAGGUGCAUUCUAGACUGCACAGAAGUUUUCCUCCAGAGACCAAAGAAACAAAUGGCCAGGGCACAAACGUACAGUUCCUAUAAGGCACAUAACAUACUUAAGUUUUUGAUUGUUAUUGCGCCAAACGGCUUUAUAAUGUAUGUGUCCAAAGCAUAUGGAGGUCAGGCCUCUGAUAAGUUCAUUGUGAAGGAUUGUGGAAUUCUAGAGUACUUCGCACGAAAUGAUGAAAUCAUGGCUGAGAGGGGCUUUACACUGGACCCUUACCUGGCAGCCGAAGGGGUGAAGCUAAAUGUCCCAGCCUUCACAAGAGAUUUCCUUAUGUUAUCUGGGGACGUUGAGAAGAAUCCGGGGCCUACUCCGGAACAGAUGUUAGCUCAGAUACUGGCCAACCAGGAUUCCGAUAGGAAACUCUUACAAUCCAUACAGCUUAGCCAGAAACAAACGGAGGCUUCUCUUAGGGAUCCUACCAAAACAGUCGGAGAGAUCGAAUCCCAAGUAAAAAAUCUGGAAUCAGUGAAAGCUGCCGUCCAGGAUUCCUUCUCGCGUAUUACACUUUUGGAGCAGACCGUAACAUCCUUAUCACAGAAAGUAGAAGAUCUCGAGAGUCGUUCCCGUCGGAAUAACCUAAUCAUAUAUGGUACUGAGGAAAAGGAAUCUGAGUCUCAAGACGACUUGCUAUCUAAAGAGAUUCUAUCUCUGGAGACAUCUUAA